GCGAAUUUUUCCUGAACGGUUGAUAGCUAUAGCUAGUGAUUACAACCUGAUAUGACGACAUUAUACUAUAUUAUUAGGAGACAACAGAAGUUCAAAGUUCAGCUGUUUUUUCUCAUUAUCUUAAAACAGUCGGCGCUCUUUUUGUAUUUCAUUUUUUAUCUAUACGACUGCCAACAAGUACGCGCGUUUACAUCCAUACAACGUGAUGGCCUACAUUACUCAAAAAAUUUAACGAACACACAUAUGUGAUUAAUCUAUUUGUACAUGACCUAAUGCUCGAACAAUUCCACAGGUUGGUGCUGCGCACAUCUCAUAAACACACGCGGGAGAGGGGUGUGUUGAAACGAGCCCGCUCUUUUGCUCAGUCUAUCGUCCUCUUAAUCCCGCGGCAAUUGCUGGAUUUGUGGGCGCCCGUUGAAACACAAACACGCAAACUGUUUGCCCAGUCAAGUCCGUUUUGGGGUGGUUGUGAUAACGCGACGAAGGCGGAUUCCUUUACAACUUUGUCCCUAUUGUCAACGAGUCCGACAACAGCAUAAAAGGUGCUAGCCUGGGAUAAAACAGAGCCGCGUGUGUACAUGGCUGCGUGUAUAAUAUGUUUUUCCUGGUUUAAGAACAACAAAAAAACCUUGUCCAAAAAACUUGUGUGUAUGUGUACAUACGAUCUGGCGUCUUAUCAUAGGACGAGCCUACGCAAAUAAUUACACGUGCACACAAUGCGCUUUGCGUUUAUAAUACGACGCACACACACGGGUGUGUAUACGGUAUACCGGACGUGAAGGAUUUAAAAGAUUUCCUUGACAAGGUUUUUGAGUCAACAACCCCCCACCGGUGCUGUGCAAUAAACUUUGCAAAGAUACGCAACGCAGCAAGUUGAAGUUUGGAGUGUCGGGAGGUCCUUUUGGUGGCCAAUCUUGCAAGAAAGAAAGAAAGAAAAAUCCGGAAAUGGUUUCAUUAUAGUUUUGCUGCUACGUUUAUUUAAUGCGCGCAAUAUUUUUGGAUCUAUAGAUAAUAAUGUAAUAACACGGGAGUCGGUUGCAGCACCGACUGAGCGCACUUCCUCCUUUUCCCAGCUGAAUAUAAAAGAGCGGCCGAGCGGCUCGACUCCGGUUGCCGCUCUCUUGUAGAUGGGAGAAAUAAAUCCCCACGUCAGCGGACGUGGAUAAUAUAAUAAUACAAUAUUAAUAGAAACGGACAGGUCGGCCAACUCUCCCUAUUACUUUCUCCUACCGUUUUCUUUUGUGCGCUGGAUAAAUAGCGCAUCAGCAAACGGGGUGUGCUGCGCAGAAAAGAAUGAAAAGAAAAAUCUCCUCUCCAUCAGAACGGCAUCAAAAACAAGCCCGCCAUCUAUUGAGAUUCGUUUUGUCUGUUAUUAUUACUAGCGACUCUUGUAUGCAGUAUCUCAGUGAUGACCUCAUGAGCCUUUUGAGCGGCCAUCUCCCCCCUUUUUUUAGCUUUCUCCAUAAUGUUUACUGGCGAUUCACCUUUUCCCUUGUUACACACCUUUCUAUUUAGCCCUCAAAGAAAUACCCGCGCACGUUGGUUAUAUGUCUCUCUAUAUAAUAUACCAAGGCACAACAAGAGAUCCGAUAUCUGCCUCUUUAAUAACGCAUCGGCAGUCAUCAACCGUGUAUGUUAUUAACCAUCUAUAUUUAUGAUAUCAUUGAGGCCUUCCAUGUAUUCACCCCCCUCCGCAGCCCUCUGCUCUCACCUAUCGUUUUUCCACGCGACCGGCUGACUGCCGAUUGGGGUGCGCAACAUUUGUGAAGGACGGAAGAAAAAAAAAAAGAGUGUGUGUUGUACUCUCUCACUCAAUAGAUGUGUUUCCGGUUGGGCGACCUCUGUUUUUCCAAAAUAGUGUAUAGGCGGUCUUACCUCGGAUAGAGCCGUUUGCAAAAGCAGACUCCAGUGUACUCAUUCACUCCCCUCUCUAUAUGUUUCUUUGCCGCGUUAGAUGUUGAGGGUUGAGGCGGAGCAGCAUAUGGAAAAGAGUAUCGAAUUCGACCGAGCAUCGCAACAACAACAACAACUGUUUUCCCGUGCGCUAAUGAGAGUGAACGCGCCACUGCUCCUAACGUACAUACGGCACUCGCUGUUGUGUUUAGAUAUACAGCACGUACUUUCUGCUUUACAACACAAUAAUUCGACUCUUUUCAACUUUUCCAACAUCCUAUUGAAACAUUUUAAAGUGAGACUAAAAAAUUCAAUGAAGAAUUCGUUCGUUCAAGUGUUUGAAAAACAAACUUCCGUGUCCUUCGAAUUUUGAAAACUUUUGAAAAAUCACAAAAAGGUGUUAAAGUAAACACUUGAAAAUGAUAACAAGCUAUCAGCAAUUGCGUUUAGAGUAGAUGGGGAGUCAAUUUUGUACAAGGCUACGUACAUAUAUAGCUUACUACUUAUUAUGAGAAUGGCAUUCAAAAAGCUCUGUGUAGUACAAUAAAUAAACGUCAAAGCUAUUGUAACGCAAUACGUUGAUACGUGUUCGGGUGGAGCCGAAAAAAACCAGAUCAGAGACGGCAUUAUAUAGCACUAGCAUGUGUGUAUACGCUUUGACACAGGAUAGGCGCUAAAUCAAUAAAAACAAGAGAUUAAAAAGUUUUGAAAAAUAAACAAAAAAUGUGUGGAUUAUCCACAAUGCUUCGUGAUGGAAUUCUUAUUGCGUAAAAGCAUUUUUCAAAAAAACCAUUUAAAUCUUUUUACACAAGGCAAUCGCAGUCAAUGUUUGCCAUCUCUGCACAGUAUUGGUUAUUAGGGUCUAAUUUGAGGGACUGUUUGUUGUAGCGAUGACGUGUACCGGUUCCGACAAUAAAACGAGAUUCGUGUAUAGCGGAUGAGCUCAAGAAAGAUGCUAGUGCGGAGCUGCAGCUGCGGAAACGGCCAAGGUCUUGUAAUCACGCAAGGAAUAACGCCUUAUUGAUGGAUAUUCGCUAUUCGAUCUGCUGAGCAAAAGCAGAGGAAGGUAGGUCGAAUUCGGCUACACUGCGGCAUUGGAUUCACUGAAUUCCGAACACUUACAAACCCAAAUGAAAACAACACCGGGGAAUUUCGCAACUAGGUAUAGGCAGUAAGGCAGUGGCUAUAUUCUGCUUCUUAUAGGAUACAACGUCCGAGUCGACUAUCUGAUCUAAGUCACGUAUGUAUUCGAGUGAAAUUCAUUUUUCGUUUCUUUUUGUUUUCACACCACUCCAAUUUAUGCUACACGUGGAGGCAAAAUGAUCCAUGGAGCGAAUUCUAAUUUCAAAAAUUUAUUUUUUAAAUAACCGUCCAGUCCUUAUUAAACGGGUUGCAACUCGAAUUUCUCGACAGUGUAAUAGGAAGAGAAUGAAUAAUAGACAAUGUGAAAACUAUUUCAAAUGUUGUAUCGGUGCCGUUCUCUUUUUGCACUCGUUACAGUUACAGAGCCUUGACUUCUUGGAAUAAGUUAACCAGUCAUCGCUGUGACUUCAGCUUCAAAAAAGGAAAUGGGAAUCUUUCUUGACUCUUUACUCUAGAACUAUUUCGCUUGUGUUGUAACAUUUUUAGAAUUGGCAGAAAUCGGAAUGGAUUGCGAGUUUAAACAAAAUUGAAUUUAAGUUAACUGUUAUUUCAUCGUAUGUCUGCGUUCUGUUGCCUUGAGCAACCCCUCCCCUAAAACGUAAUUAGGAUACCGUAAAUUGCGUAAUUUAUUUUGUAGAAACAUAGAAAAACACUCACAGAAGGUUUAUGGAGAGGAACUCUUGUGCACAGCAAGGGAUCCCUUUUUUUAACGGGAUACAGUUUGCACCCUCUAUCGUAUGAAUACCGAAUCAGCAGCAAGGACUGUAAUGAAUUAGCUUAUUAAAUUCAAUUUCAAUCCGUUAUGCGUACAAUCCAACGAAAUAAUAGCUCCACAAGAGUGCAGUCGAAAUAUGAGUAGUGAAGCCCAAGCCAGCAGCAACUGACCAGUGAAUGAAAAUAUAAUGGGUUUAGGGAACGUUUAACCUGGUAUACUUCUUCUGUGAUGCUGAAUUCAAUCAACACAUUCGGUUUAACGCCAGCUCUGUAAGACGCGGUGCUCUCUCAUCAGAUUCCUAAUGAGAUUGAACGAGUAAACUAGUCACAGAUUUAAAAGUUACGAUUGAGAUUAGAUCGCCAUUAAUUGUUGGAAAUUAAAAAAAUGUAAUUAUCAAAAUAGUUAAAGUAUUUCAUAAAUCAUAACUGAUAAACACAGUCGUCAUGUGCAAAGCCGCUAUGUAACUUAAAAAUUUUUGACAGUUGAUGAACCUGUUAGUUGCUGGUUACAUUUCAGUCCGCAGUAUUCAUGACUUGCUGUUGAAAUUAUUAAUGUGCUCAUCUCCUGAUUUCUGAUCAUCUGAAAUUAUAUAAUUUUAAAAUAUAGACGAAAAAUUGAGUUAGCCUAUUUAAGGGAAUCUUGCUAUGUUGCACUUUAUAACGACAGCAAAAUGGCUAACAGAACAAGAAGAUGAGCUUUCGUCUGCUACCAGUCAUUUUAAGUUCGCUUUUUUAAGAGCACGUUUUUGCGCAGUUUUGUCACGAAGAUUAAAGAUUUUUUUCAUUUUCUAGCCGAAAAGUGAAGAGUAAAGAAAAAAUCUAUUAGAACAAUAAAAAACGAAAUUCCGACACGAUGGACGAAUAACGAAAAACAAAAUGUAUUUUGUAUGAUAGCUGUUACUGAUUCUCAAGCUUUUCUCAAGGUAGCCUAAUUGCACCGUGUGAAAUAUGAAUUUGGAAAAUUGUGAAUCUGAAACUGAAGCUGAAAAAGAGGAGUUCUUCUCUACAGAGGAAGCUAUUCAGCAACACAUCUUCGAGUCUACAGCAGCAUGCAUUCUACUAGAUGAAAUUGUUUUGAAUAAUAUUCAAAUUCAAGAAGUAGGUGACAUCGCAAUACCUGUGUCUCUUCAGGAUGUUACCAAACUACAGGGAGCUUCAGAAAAUGGAAAAUUCACCAGAGCUUUUGAUCCUUCACUAACACGAGCAUGGGAAAUUGAUUCCUCUAAAAUUCUAACAGAAAAUCUAGACUUGUCAUCACUAGUCAUCAGUCAUUUAGGGUUACCUGCUGACAAAAUUAUGGUUACUCAAGCAAAGCUGACUAAACUGAUAAUGUAUCAAGCAGGAGGACGGUACGAGCGUAAUCUCAACAACUCGGAGAAAGAAUUCGGGACAUUCCUCACGGCUGUCCUUCAAUUACCAGUGGAAGGUGGAUACGAGGGCGGAAGAGUGAGGGUUGAAAGCAAAGGGAAAAGCAAAUUGUUUGACAAUCAUCGAAACAGCGACACUCUUUUCUACUUAACGGAGUUUUAUGACAACUUUGAGUAUAUUGUGGAGCCAAUUACGAAAGGAUGGCAGUUAACGCUUGUUUUCGAUCUUUUUUGGACAAACGCCAAACGCCCGAUUGCGAAACCAUUUGAUGCUUCAGUUUCACUUGCCGCUCUUAGUGAAUUAGAAAACGUGGUAAAUCAUUGGACUGCCAUUUAUCCGAACAAUCCUCCAGUCGAAAAAUAUGAAGUGCCGUCAGCGGAAAACGAAAACGAAGCAAGACCAGCUCCUCUACCAUCAAAGAUUAUCGCAGAAGAAUCAGACUGUACUCGUUCAUGGCGUCCAGCUUUAAAAUGGCAGGAGCUGGCCCGAGAACAGCUCAGCCGAGAUUUACAUCAGAUUAUCGCAUUUUGGUGUGCCAAACCUCAACGUGUGUGGAUUGAAGACCCUGAUUUGGAAAAUGGAGAGUUAACGUUAAGAUUGCUACGCCUUUGCAUCACAUUGCGAACACGCGAAGGGGGCCUUGCUCUCUUGAAUGCAAUCGGCUCGGAUUUUAAAUCGCCUACAUCUGCUGAAGACGGUUCUAACUCCCUACAGCUAUUUGAAGGAAUUCAAAACGAGCGAGUGGCCCAGGCGAUUGCAGAGUUCAGCUGUCAAGUCACAGAUUUUGACGAAUGUGCUGAUCUUGUUAAGAGAAUGAUUUCUCCCAAUCGGCUUGCAAAGCAAUUUGUACCCAUAAUCAAAUUAGUCCAUUCCUUUCUCGACAACGACUGCAUUCGAGGAGCAAUUACAAUUGGGGACUGGAUGGCGGCAUCGGUUGAUGAGAUGGACAAGUCUAUGGUCACCCACUUGGACCAGUCAACUGCAGAAGCCUACCUCGACUCGAUUGUUUCAUUAGAAACGCAUUCUGAAUUUUCCUAUGAAGAAAGAAUCCCCUCAUUUGUACCCUUCUUUCGGAAACUUCAGAUAUCGCUGCAAAUUCACUUGGUGUUGGGUUUAAAGGCACAGGGUACUUCACGCUUCAAGGGAGUCAAAUCCUUCCAAUUCACGUUCCAAAAUUUAUGUAAGGCUUUAUGUGAAGAAUUUUACGUUGAUGCGCCUUCCGUUAGCGAUAUUAUCGUCGAUUUGAUAACAUUUUAUAUUAAACUUCAAAACGUCGAAUUUCUUCAACGACUAAUCUACAAGAUUUGCCCAUGGGGUCGUUCCGCCAAGGUGUUUUUUGGGAAACUUAACGAUGCCAAAGACGUUGACACUAAGAUGGUGCUGCUGAAGAAACUCGUGUUAUCUGAAGAAAUGUGGGAAUUAUCCAAGUCAUCUAAAUUAGGAAAGACCACACUAGCAUCGUUUGUUGGAAAUAACUUUACUGUGCUACUGGAAAAACUAUCGUUCAUCACCAAGGAAGAACAACAGUCAGCUAUAUCCCAGGUGGAAUCAAUUGGUGAUGCUCUUCUCUGCGAUUUUUCAUCUUGUCUUCAGUUUGUAAUACGAAUGCAAUUCAACCCUCAACUGUCAAACGAGAAUUUUGCGCAGAUAGCUCAAUUGAGCGUUGAUAAAUUAUGGCACCUUAUGAACGACUUGAAAAAUUCAGAAAGCGAGCUCUUCAAAAAUCAUCCUUUUUAUGUCAAGAUAGUGUCUCAUCUCUGCUCUUCCGUGGUGAAUCAGUUGAAAGUGAAAACAAGACUAAUGCCACGUCGAGAAACGAUCCUGAAUGUAGUGAUAUUCUUCGUUGAAUUUCGUGGUGAGUCAUCAGUAAAAUCGUUAAUCAAGACCGUUUGCGAUAGCGAAGUGACUGCGCCUUGGGACCAACAUUUCAAGUAUGAAUUGUUCAAUGCUCUUCUCCAUUUUUCUGAUGUGUGGAUCAAACUGCCUGUCGUUUCGAAGACGAAUAUUCUGAACUCGUGCGCCAAACUUGCAGAAUUAUGGAUUGCUGAAAUUAGUCUAGUAUUGGACUCAAACAACACCGAUUCUUCGAUUGAAAUUGAACAUCUUGUUUCCACGGAAUCAAGAAUUUACGAAUGCGCCAAGCUUUUCACCUCGUUGGAGAAUAAACGAUACGAUGCGCACCAGGAGGACAUAACAUCUGGUAUGGCUCGCGCUCUUCUUGAUUUCUCUCAAAAGCUUUCACCGUCACAACUAUUGCGGAUGCUGGAUUGUGUUUUCAAACCUCCUCCGAUGCAAACGGCUAGCGUUCCCUUCGAAGGUACUACCGUCUGCCUUGAUUGGUGUCACGAAAUGUGCGAACUUUUAUUCUCCAAGGAUGUGUUGUCUCUCUCCAAUUUAGCAGAAGAUGCUUCCAAGAUUAUGGACUGGCUGUUUUGGUUAGAUGACGAUCGAUGCUGGCAGUCUUUUACAGACAACGUUUGUGCUUCCCCCUGUUCAGAAAGAACCCAUCACUUUAUUCGAGUUUUUUUGCUGAAUCCCCAGAUUGAAGAAGCCAUUGCUGAAAAUCUUCCGGCGUUCACCACUUUAAAUCGUAUCGCUGAUCACUGUGCUAAUAAAUGGAAAUCCCUUGAAGUACCAAAGUUUAGCUGGCAGAUGCCUAAAGCUACUGUUCCCGAUCACCCUGAAGUGGAAAAAUUUCUUCGCUCUCCAGAAAAGACUUUGAGGUACACCAAUUUAUCUGACAACGACCAAAUGUACAUUCUCGCCACUGAUCUGGAGAAAAAUGGUGCCCGUAUGGGUUUCAGUGUUUCUGUGACGCCAGAUGAAACAUUUCCUUGUUGUGAAAUUGUGAAAACUCGAGAAUACUACACGCGUGUCGCUCGUGAUUUUAAAGAAAUGAAAUCAGAGUCGGACGAGUUGACAAAGCUGCGCCAAAAAGUUAGUCGGAUGCGUAUUAAAAAAAAUACCAAGCGAUCGGCCCCUAAAGCGCUUUCUUCCACCCUCGUUCCUCCUGCUAAACGUCGUACCCUUUGAAUAACCUUUUCUCCUUGAGUUGUGUAAUUACAGUUUUUCCCUCGGUUUCCUUAUUUUAAAUGCUCUGCCCAAUACUUGCUUUUGUGGUAGAUAUACUAUUGUAUUCCAGUUGUUCGAUUGUAUUUACAUCCAACUGUGUUGUUGGAAAUACCGUUUCGUGUGUGACCCUUGAAACUUGUGCCUUUUUUUUUUUUUUUUGGUAAGAAGAUUUGAUAAUGGAUAUUUCAUAAGCGGUAUUUUUGUUACUCGGGCGUAGGGUACUUCUGUACCAUUUUUUACAGGGGACAUGUUACAAAUUGAUUUUCUACA